UUCAUUUCUACUUUCAUUUUCUUUACUUUCAUUAAUUCAAAUCUUCGGAUAUGUUGACUGUGGCUUUCUUUACGUUUACCCGCGUACAUUAUGGUGUUCAAUGUCAGUUACUUUGAAUGACUAUACUAAAGUGUUUCAUGUCUGAUAGGAAGUUCAUACGAUUUUGGCAUACCUUUGGUUUUUCCCAUUGGUCUCAGGAGUACUAUGGUUUGGGUAAUUUGGUUCCAACAAACUGCCACUUUCACUGACAACCUUAAUCUUUACUUUCCUUGCCAUACUCAUUAUUAAUGACACAUACUUCACUUCUGAAAUCAGUGACCUGGAUAUUUCGGCUUUUAAAGAGGUGACCAACAUAGACAUUUCCUACGUAAAUUUGUAUCUGCAACCUUACACAUAUUAAGUCACCUAUUGAUUUAACUUUUCUUCCUUUUCAAGUAUGGUUUAAGAAAGGCCUAAUGUAAUAUUGAAUAAAAUAAUUUACCUUAAUUAGAAAAGUACAUUCCAUAUUCUAUCCUUCCUUUCCAUGUAUUAUACUUGCCCCCAUGUACUGACUUCAGGCACACAUUUGACCAUUCACUAUACCUUAUUCCAUUAAUAAUUAUAGUAUACCACAUGACAUAUUGCCAUUUUUACAACUGUUAAUUUAUUUAGAUGUCCUUCCUAUUAAUAGUAACCAUAACUUUUAACUUUGUUUUAAGAUGCCACAUGUUUAUAGGUUUUGGAACUCAGAAUUGGUUUCUACGAGAACUCUUGCUCAGAUUUUGGAUUUUGCUUCUAUAUACCCUUCAUUAAUGAAAGUGCAUAAUUUAUGUUACUGCACUCUGGUUUAUUAAUAAAAAGAAAAAAAAUGCAGUGGUAGGUGUUUGUAUAUGGGUCCCCAUGUAAUAGUUAUUUCAUUCACAGUGAGCUUUGUUCAAGGUUUAGAACACUUUGGUGGCUAAAUGAUCUGAGCUAUAAUUUGGCAGGGAAUACAUAACAAUGGACGUGUUUGCAGCCAUGACAGUGUUAGUGGCAUACACACGACAAGUGAAAGAAUAUCAUCUCACUAGAGGACACAUUACGAUUGAAUUGUGAGUUCUUUGUUUUCCCCCCUGAAUUUGGUAUGUAGUUAAGACUGGUUGAUUAAAAAGUACACCGACAAAGUAUAACUUCGGAAAAGUAUAAACUGCACAGGAGAGUAAGAAAUUAGCAUGGGACACAACCUUUUAAAGCACCAUAGAGGAAAAAUGAGGAAUAACUCACCGGUUACGCAGCCAAUUAACUCGGCGGGGAGCUGCGUGCUGUGCCUUUCCCGCUGUCCUCAAUCCCAUGGGAAUUACACUACGUGAACAGGGCGUUUAAGGUGAGUGAAAUUAAUUUGAUUUCUAGGUAGUUGUAUGUUUACUUCCAAUGAAUUGCAAUCAUGGACGUUUGUGGCUUUUGGGUGACUAGGGUUCUGCGAGUGACCUCCCCAUGCAUGUCUACUCUACUGGGGAAGAAGAUGGAUGAUCACAUAUCUAUCCAGAGACUUACACGUGAGUCUAACAAUUGUGCGAUUAAGGCGCGAGUUUCUCGAUUGUGGGAUGCAUACAAUUUGAAGAACAAGAAAGAUAUAAUCAGUACUGAUAUGGUCUUGAUUGAUGUGGAGGUACUGCUUUAGGUUUUCCUUUUAGGACUGGUUGUUAUUUUUUUCUAACAUGUGUUCGUCUUACUAUAAAGGGCUCUUAUAUUCAUGCGCAUCAAAGGGAGUUGGGCACAUGCAUUUCGUAAUACGAUUGUUGAAGGUAUUGUUUAUAAUAUCAAGAACUUUGCUGUUGUUAAUAACAAGAACCGGUAUCGUGUUGUGGGAGACAACAAAGUUAUGAUCCAACUGUAUGCAAACUCUACUGUCAAACGCCUUCCUGAUGAUACAUCCAACAUCCCAAUGCAUCGCUUUGACCUACUACCCUUUGAUAUGGUUGAGACCAGAAUGAACCAAGAAUAUAUCCUUACAGGUUUU